AUGGAUAAGCUCGAUUCCGCAUUACUCAAAUCAAGGGACCCCCGAACGACCUUUAUCUUUGAUAAACGCUGUCCACUCGAGGAGCUAAUGCAUCUUAACCCUCAUUGUCCCCUUCGGAAGGGCAUCAUUUAUUAUUGUCGGAAGAACACCAUCUUUGAGCACAAUAUACGUUCUUCUAGUAAACGCGAGCCACGAAUCGUCGCGAGAAACCAAUUUAAAGCGACAUCUUUUCAGGAUUUGACCACUGUCAAUGACACUGAGCAUCUCAGCGAUGCUGUAUUGUCACUGGGCGUCCGGGGGUCGCGGUAUUUCGAGUUCAUUCCAAUCAACGGCAAUCGGAUGCUCCUCUUUGCCAGGAACUCUUUCUCUGGCAUAACCGGGGAUUUUAAAGCUCAGUACUGUCUGCAUCUCUCAAUUCAUGAAAUCUGCUCCUACCGUUUUGGUCCCGCUUUGUGGACUUACCACGGCGACGGCCAUUCAAGUAUCCCGGGAUUGCACUGGAUGAAGUCGAACACAAACACUUUGGGAAUCACAUUUGGACUGAGUUCUAGAGACCAUAUGGAGUUGUUUGACAUAGAUAUUGAGGGAGACUAUCCUCUAAUUGAGGUUGGGCGAAUGAAUUAUGCUGAUGGUGCCAUGUUCGUUACACAAUCACCCGACAGGAAUAUUCUUCUCAGCGUCGCGGGCCAGUUGGGUGCCGAAAAGAUUAACAUCUUCUACUCCGACUCUGGUGAUGCGAACAAUAAGGACUUCUCUUUUGUUACUAAUGUGUCGAUUCCCAAACUCGCCAACGCCUAUGGUCAACUUCCGCCGAUGGGGCCGCCCGUAGUAGUCCUUGAAUUUUCCGCUGAUGGGUCUAAAUUUGCUAUGGCUACAUCUGACGGCGUCAUGUCCGUUUAUGAUGUUCGAAGUCAAAUUCCCUUACUGGUGUUGGCAGUGGAAAAGCAGAGAUUUGUGAAUGAACCCAUAACCUUUCUCAAAUUUAGCAAAGGAAUCUUAGGAAGAGAGGUUUUGGUGUUCAUGGAGAACGCACUUCUCCAUAAAAUUAUUCACGUCAUCGAUGCGACGUCAUUUGCAACCGUGACGACGGAAAUUUUCGUCUUACCCAUCGACUACAGUUACAGCAGGCGCCAAGAAGAAUCAGCGGCGUUGUUUCUGGAUCCCAGAGGAGAAAGUCUGUAUGUUUUACUGGACGGAAUACUCUAUGAAUGGGAAAUGCGAAAGAACGACGAUUCAGAAUGGUGGAUUGGGGAGUGA